AUGCAUCUCGUAAAGAUUGUCUUUGAAAAAGCGUGCCACCUACCAGUGGAGUUUGAACAUAGAGCAUACUGGGCAUUGAAACAAUUAAACAUGGACCUUGAAAAGACUGGAGAAACAAGAAUACUACAGUUACAUGAAUUGGAGGAAUUUAGAAGAGAAGCUUAUGAGAAUAUAUCCAUCUACAAGGAAAGGACAAAGCAGUGGCAUGACAAGAACAUUAGGCAACGAAUUUUCAGAGUGGGAGACCAAGUGCUCUUAUACAAUUCUAGACUUAAACUGUUUCCAGGAAAAUUGAAAUCUAGAUGGUCCAGCCCUUUCACAGUCUCUCAAGUGUUUCCCUACGGCACAGUUGAAUUACACCAUCCAACAAAGGAAAACUUCAAAGUAAAUGGCCAACGUAUCAAGCACUACGUGAAAGAUUUUCCCACUACUAAAGAGAGCCUUGACCUAGCUGUAUCAGAAUAA